UCCAACACGAUUCGAGUAGAUAAAAACAAAGUGGAGCACGGUGCACGGACGUUGGGGACUACAAAAAUUGGCAAAAAUUCGAACCGUGAGCGCUGCAGUCGCGAACGUCACGUGUGCAAUUUAACUCCAGGUGCUUUUCGAUUGCGUUGUUGAAACAAAAAAAAAAAAAUAGAAAAAGCGCAACCAACAACAACAACUACACUGAUACUGCGUCGGGCGACAAAGCGACACGCCUCGCUCUGUUUUUGUUGUUGUUGUUGUCGCGUGUGUGUGUUUUCGGAUUCGUCUACUAAUUAUUAUUACUAGAAUUGCUCAGAUCCGAUCGCGGCUGGUUCAGUAAUUAAUUCAAGCGAUUAAUAUAUAUCCAAAGUCCAGUUAACGUUACGCAAUUACCGCCCGAGUGCGUGCCAGAGUGUGAGUGUGUGUGAGUGCCGUUCCAAAAUGCAUCUCGAUCCCCGAAAGCCUCUGAAUUCCGCCCACUGUGAGUGCUAAAAUCGUAUCGGUAACCGAAACCAUAUAGCGGAGGUAGGCCACUCGCCACAGAGCUUCACUAGACCGCACGCAGGAGAGAUCCGGAAGGAGUCCAUAGGGUGCACCGGAAGCGGGGAAGGAUCCAAGCGGACAAGAUGGCCGCCGCCCACAGCCACCACAACGCCAAUCUGCUCAGCUCGGACAUAUCGCGUCGCAAUCCGCAGGACGAGUACGAGCUCAUCCAGAAGAUUGGCUCCGGCACAUAUGGAGAUGUCUACAAGGCGAAACGAAUACAGAGCAAUGAACUUGCCGCCAUCAAGGUCAUCAAGCUGGAGCCCUCCGACGACAUACAGAUCAUCCAGCAGGAGAUCAUCAUGAUGCGCGACUGCCGCCACCCGAACAUCAUCGCCUACUACGGAUCGUACCUGCGCCGGGACAAGCUCUGGAUCUGCAUGGAGUUCUGCGGCGGCGGCAGUCUCCAGGACAUCUACCAGGUGACGGGUCCACUUAGCGAGGUCCAGAUCGCCUACAUGUGCCGGGAGACGCUCAAGGGCCUGGAGUACCUCCACUCCAUGGGCAAGAUGCACAGGGACAUCAAGGGCGCCAACAUCCUGCUGACGGAGUACGGCGACGUCAAGCUGGCCGACUUUGGGGUCUCUGCCCAGAUCACGGCCACGAUCAACAAGCGGAAAAGCUUUAUAGGCACACCCUACUGGAUGGCUCCCGAAGUGGCCGCCGUGGAGCGCAAGGGUGGCUACAAUCAAUUAUGUGAUAUUUGGGCCUGUGGCAUCACGGCAAUCGAACUCGCUGAACUGCAACCGCCCAUGUUCGACCUGCAUCCGAUGCGCGCCCUCUUCCUGAUGUCGAAGAGCGGCUUUAAGCCACCCACUUUGAACAACAAGGACAAGUGGAGCCCCACCUUCCACAACUUCAUCAAGACGGCCCUGACGAAGAACCCCAAGAAACGACCCACCGCCGAGCGACUGCUGCAGCAUCCGUUCGUCCAGUGCGAGAUGUCCUUGCGGGUGGCCAAGGAGCUGCUGCAAAAGUAUCAGAGUCCCAACCAGCAGUUUUGCCACUAUCUGGAUGGCGAUGAGGAGGCGGUGGCCUGCGUGCCCCAGCGCAUCGCCAGCAAGAUGACGUCGCGGGCCAAUGGCGUUCCAGCCCAGAACCACACACUGAAAACAGGCAUGACGACGAACUCGACGUGGAACGAGCGAUCUUCUAGUCCCGAGACGUUACCCAGUGACAUAUCUAGACCGAAAUUGAGCGGCACCCUGAUUAUGAACAUGUCUUUAAGGAGCCUCUUACAGUAUAUUGAUGAGGAGCUGAAGCUAAGAGCGACCUUGCCACUGAACGACACCAAAGACUCACUCGGCGCCGAGUGCAGCUGCGCCCACAACGGUGGCUUGGGAGGAGGAGGAGGAGGAGCAGGAUCUGGAGCAGGAGCUGGCAGCGGGGCGAACGGCAGCAGCAGCAGCAGCAGUGGCAACGGGGGGGCAGGCGGAGGCACCACCAGCAUCUCAACCCAUCAGCAUCAGAAUCAGAAUCAGCACCACCAUCACCAUCAGAACCAAAACCUGAAUCAGAAUCAGAAUCAGCAUCUGCAUCAGCACCACCAGUUGCAGCAGCAGCACCACCACCACGUCCAACCCACGUCCAAACCGCUGUCGCAUCUGUCGCACCACCAACACCAUAACCACCAUAACCACCCAUCGAGCAGCACCGCUCUGACCUCGUCCAUGUCCAGUGGUUCAGUGGUGACCUCCAAUGCCAACUGCAAUUCGUUGACCUCCUACCUGGGCCACCAGGGAGUCGGCGGCGGCAUCGGAGGAGGAGGAGGAUCCCACCUAAUGGGAUGCAACCAGGGCCUGGGUUAUGGCCCGGGCAUGGGUCUCGGUCUGUCCAAUCUGCGCACCACUAGCAUCGAUGGCGACCGGGACGAGGCCGAUCUGGUGGCUGCCGACGUGGCCAUGAACAAUGCUGCUGCCGCCGCCGUUCCAGGUUCCGGCAACGGGUUGGGGUCCGGUUCCAAUUCCGGUUCGGGUUGCUCUGCCUCCGCGGCCCACUACCUGCGGUACAGCAGCAACUAUCGCUCGGCCGCCGCGGCCCAGGCGUCGCAGGCCUCGUUGGCCGCCCAUCCCUCGCCGAAUGGGCAUGGCCACGGUCACGGCCAUGGGCCACCACUCUCAUCCAGCAUCUCAUCAGCCUCGUUUUAUAAUCGCCUCCUACUACUCGAUAAUUCUAGCGGCGAUGCGAUCGGCGGCGGUGUCGGCGUAGCAGGAGGAGGACACGCGGCCGUAAGCGGCAGCAGCAGCUCCAGCGGCGCAGUUAACGGCGGCGGCAACACCACUGGCGGCGGAGUCGGCACCAACGGCCUCCUGGACAAGCACGAGCUGGAGGCCAGUCCCACAACUGCCAUCCAGUCUGCCGGGGACGGCUACUUGCAUUCCAACAGGGGCGCGGCCGGGACGGCGAGCUCCGGAGCAGCGGAGGGAGGGCCCUCGACGAGCAGCUCCUCGCAUCUCUACCAGAAUCUGCUGAGGAGCAGUUCCGGGGAGUCGCCUUCGGCAGGAAACAACUGUGAUUACCGGCACGAGAGCAACCAGAACGGUCUGGAGGACUCGCCUCGACGCCAUAGCUCCAUGGAUCAGCUGAUUGGACUGAUAAACGACAUGGGAAAGUCCUCGCGGACACGCAGCCUCAGCGAUGGCGGCACCCAGGACGAUGACGAAGUGGAGAAGGAGGCGCAACCGGAUCUGCUGAACAAUACACCGCCGGUGCCGCCGAAGCGCUCCCACAAGCGGCGGCACACUCCUCCCCGGCCCAUCUCCAACGGCCUGCCGCCCACCCCCAAGGUGCACAUGGGCGCCUGCUUCUCAAAGAUCUUUAACGGCUGCCCACUGAGGGUGCAUUGCACCGCCUCGUGGAUCCACCCGGAGACGCGGGACCAGCAUCUGCUGAUCGGCGCGGAGGAGGGCAUCUACAACCUGAACAUGAACGAACUGCACGACGCGGCGAUCGACCAGCUCUUUCCGCGUCGCACCACCUGGCUGUAUGUGAUCAAGGACGUGCUGAUGAGUCUGUCGGGAAAAUCCUGUCAGCUCUACCGGCACGACCUGGUGGCCUUGCAUUCCAAGCAAACGGUGCGCUUCUCGCUGCACAUGAACAAGAUCCCGGAGCGAUUGGUGCCACGGAAGUUCGCGCUGACCACCAAGGUACCGGACACCAAGGGCUGCACCCAGUGCUGUGUGACGCGGAACCCGUACAACGGCUACAAAUACCUGUGCGGGGCCACGCCCAGCGGCAUCUUCCUGAUGCAGUGGUACGAUCCGCUGAACAAGUUCAUGCUGCUAAAGCAGUGCGAGUGGCCGGCCAUCAGCAUCCAGGGCGGGGGCUACGGCUGCGUCCAGAACGGGCACACGCCCGUCUUCGAGAUGAUCAUCACGCCGGAGCUGGAGUACCCCAUUGUGUGCACGGGCGUGAGGAAGGCCAUGAACGGCUGCCUCAAGCUGGAGCUGAUCAACAUGAACAGUGCCAGCUGGUUCCAUUCGGAGGACCUGGAGUAUGACGCCAUGGCCACGAUGGUGCCGCGACGCGACCUGCUGAAGGUGGUGCGUGUGCACCAGGUGGAGAAGGACGCCAUCCUGGUCUGCUAUGGCAAUGUGAUGCAGGUGGUAACGCUGCAGGGCAACCCGAAGCAGCACAAGAAGAUGGUAUCGCAGCUCAACUUUGACUUUAACGUAGACAGCAUUGUUUGUUUACCGGACAGCGUUUUGGCAUUCCACAAGCACGGCAUGCAGGGCAAAUCCUUGCGCAAUGGCGAGGUGACGCAGGAGAUCAAGGACAUGAGUCGCACCUACCGGCUGCUGGGCAGCGACAAGGUUGUGGCCCUGGAGAGCCAGCUACUGAGGACCGGCUCCCUGGGCAGCGAGGAGGGACACGAUCUGUACAUUCUGGCCGGGCACGAGGCUAGCUACUAGGCUGGCUACCCACUGUUAUAUUCUAAAUAUAAUCCGGUACACCACAAACACACACAUCCAGAAGUUUUAAGGACCGCCACGUCGUCAACUAUUAACUGUAAUUUAAUUACUCGUAGGCUAAGAUGUCGAUUACUGAUCUUAGAGGAAGUCGUCGAAGGUUCGAUAGCUUAGAGUAGAGCAAUUUUAUGCACCUAAAAUGAGGCAGCCUUCGAGCUGGAGAGACCGAACACUACCCAGCAGCCAGCAUCUUUUCGAUAAAUAUAUAUAUAUUUAUAUAUAUAUAUGUAUGUAUGUAGGAGGCGCCUGCGUCUGCCCGAUUCCGUUGUAGUUAUAUUUUUGUAUUACAAAGAAAUGCUUUAAUUUAUACAACUAACCUUAAAGACCUACGAUAAACGCUACGGAUAUGUAGUUACGGAGUUAUGUUAGAGAUUUUAUGGAGUUAUGUCUCAAAAGUCGGUAGUAGAUACGUUUUUCCAAAAAUAGUCAGCGUAAGCGAAGCAAAAGGAUCCAAUGAUACACUGUACUGCAUGUACUGCAAUACCAUUUAUACACUGCAAUUAUAGGCACCAGAGAUCCACUCUAUAAGGCAAUUAGAACUAAUAAUACAAGAAUACUUCUUAGUGGAUAGCAAUUGUAAAUCGCAAAUGUUUUUAGCGUGUUAAACUGCUUUCGAUUGGCUCAAAGGAUGUGCAAAAAGGACACGGCGGAGAGGGGGAGUAUACACGGUUUGUUGGGAAACAAAAAAAUACCUAGUUAGUAAGCCUUUUCUAACCUAGUAAACACGAAUUAACAGAAUUAACUGCAAUUAACGGUCUGUAUCUGUAUGUUAAACGAGUCAACUGAUUGUCAUAGUUACGGUUCUAGACUAUAUACAUAAGCUAAGCGAUGAAGCAGAGCAUCUUUCCGAGCAGCACUUUCGUCGAUUCAGUUGUAAAAAUAUUCAAUCUAGCCCUUAAGUUAUUUAGUUUAUACGACAAAGCGUAAAACCCAAAAUUACAAACUAAUACGGAGAGAAAAACAAAAAGAAAAGCCCACAAAAUUGUUGAACUCUAGUUUAGUGCAAGAAUAAAAACUAUGUGAAAGAACA